AGGCGGGGCUGCGCCCGGCGCGUGGGCGCCGCCGGAGCCCGAGCCGGCCACGCCGCCGCCCUUGGCGGUCGGCGACGACGCCAGCGGAGCCUCGGCGGCCCCGGGCGCCCCCCGGGCCCAGGCGCGGCAGCCGCUGCCGGGCGAGGCCGGCGGCGGCGGCACGGAGGGCGAGGGCGGGCCGGUGGAGGGCGCGGGCGCGGCGGCGGCCGCCGGCGAGCCUCCUGGAGAACCAGGAGUUGCGCUGGCUGAGUCGGGAAGCCUCUUGGAGUCUCACCCUCUCGCACGCGGCCCCAGGCCGGCGGGAUCACAACGCAGCCUCGCUCACGUUCCCAUGUCCUUCUCGUCGUUCUGGACGAUUGCCGUGCCAUCCCCCUCUUCUUUGUGUUUCCCUGCAGAGGCUUCCCGACGGCGGAAGCCUAUUCGGUUCGACGCUGCGGAACCGAUGAAAAACAAACGGAGCCAGUCUCUCCGCUUGCUCUCCUACUUUCUGUCCUUGGCGUGCCCCUCGUCGCGUUGCACAGUAAAUUCCUUUCUCCUUCGAUUGGG